AUGGCGGAUUUGCCUCAAUUUAGAGUAACCGAGGUGAAGGCGUUCUCCAGAGUCGCUGUCGAUUUCGCUGGACCGAUUUAUACCACCAUUAGUCGCACCAGAGGAGCGCGGUUUGUCAAAUCCUAUAUUUGUGUCUUUGUGUGUACGUCUACCAAAGCGAUACAUUUAGAACUAGUUUCAGAUCUAUCUACUGAAGCAUUUAUAGCGGCUCUACGACGAUUUACCUCCAGAAGAGGUCGAUGUACGUUAAUCUUAUCAGAUCAGGGAACUAAUUUUGUGGGCGCCUACAACAAAUUACGAGAGAUGGCUGAGGUUUCCGGUCAAAAAUUGGAACUCACAUGGCAAUUUCAUCCUCCAGGGGCUCCCCAUUUUAAUGGGUUGGCUGAGGCUGGAGUAAGAUCUGUUAAAUCCCAUUUGAUUAAAGUUAUUGGAGAUCAAAAACUAACGUUUGAGGAAGUGUAUACCAUCCUGACGCAAAUCGAAGCUGUAUUGAAUUCGAGGCCGCUUUCCGCAAUGACUGAAGAUCCCAAUGAUCUUCAACCACUAACUCCAGCACAUUUCUUGUGUUUGGAACCCCUUAAUGCUUCUGUUGUAGAUCCUGACGUCACUCAAGUACCGAUCAACCGUUUGGAUCGCUGGAAACUGAUACAGAAGAUGGUACAAGAUUUUUGGAAAAGGUGGCACGUUGAAUAUUUGUACUCACUUCAACAAAGAGGAAAAUGGAACGCUUCGUCUCCAACACCGUCUAUUGGUGAUCUGGUACUCAUUCGAAAUGAACAGCGACCCCCACUUCAAUGGGAAACAGGGAGAAUUGAAGAGGUUCAUCCCGGAAUUGAUGGUGUUAUCCGAGUCAUCACCAUUAAAACCAAAAAUAGGAGGUUAACUCGUCCAACCACGAAGAUUAGUACAUUACCGAUUUAA